AUGGGCUCUUCACUGAGAGCUUCCAUGGCCAUAAUCAUGGCAUGGCUGGCUGUUUUUCUAGGACUUUUGAUUGCUGUGAAUUGUCACGAUGGUCUUGAUUACAAGGAUGCCCUCACCAAAUCCAUCAUCUUUCUAGAGGCACAAAGAUCAGGAAAACUUCCUCCCAAUAACCGGGUGCCCUGGAGAGGAGAUUCUGCUCUUCAUGAUGGAGAAGAUAUACAUGCGGAUCUGGUUGGGGGAUAUUAUGACGCUGGAGACAACGUUAAGUAUGGACUUCCCAUGGCUUUCACAAUCACCACUUUAGCCUGGUCAGCUCUCAGCUAUGAAUCCGAGCUGAAAGCGGCUGGAGAAUAUCAAAAUGUUCUUGAUGGUAUCCGUUGGGGCACUGAUUAUUUCAUUAAAGCCACUAGAAAAAACAAAUUGUUCGUGCAGGUUGGAGACCCUGUGAAGGAUCAUGAAUGCUGGGUGCGGCCGGAAGUUAUGAAUACGCCAAGAACUGUGUUAAUGAUUGAUGAUCAUUCCCCUGGAACUGAGAUUGCAGCUGAAACUGCUGCUGCAAUGGCUGCUUCUUCAGCUGUCUUUAAGACUGUUGACCGCCAAUAUUCCCGUUCUCUCCUCAACAAAGCCAAGCUGUUGUUCAAUUUCGCUAAGAGCCGUAAAGGAACUUACGAUGGAGAAUGCCCCUUCUAUUGCUCUUAUUCUGGUUUUAAUGAUGAGUUAUUGUGGGCUUCAACAUGGUUGUAUUUGGCCACCAAGAACCCUAAGUAUAUGCAGUACAUUAAAGAAGAGGCCAUCAGCGCUAGUGUAACCGAGUUUAGCUGGGAUCUUAAAUAUUCUGGAGCCCAAAUUAUUCUCUCUGAGUUCUUCUUUCAUGGAGACAGUGCCUUGGCAAACUACAAGAACCAAGCUGACAGCUUUAUUUGUUCAAAUCUUCCUGAUAGCCCAUAUCACCAAAAUUUCAUCAGUCCAGGUGGCUUGCUUCACUUGAGGGAUGGUGCCAACACUCAAUAUGUUACGGGUAUAGCUUUACUGUUUAGCAUAUACAGUGAUAUACUUGGCAGAAAUAACCAAAAGGUGAGCUGCGGUGAGAAACAAUUCGAACCAACCCAUCUCAUGGCUUUUGCUAAGCAGCAGAUGGAUUACAUUCUAGGGAAAAACCCAGAAGGAAGAUCAUAUAUGGUUGGAUUUGGUAAUUUCCCACCAACACAAGCGCAUCAUAGGGGAGCUUCAGUGCCAUGUACAGUAGUAGAUAUGUCUGUGAGUUGUGGAAUGAGCUUUUCAACUUGGUUCAAUAAAGAUGAGCCAAACCCUAAUGAGCUAACAGGAGCCAUUCUGGGAGGACCAAACCGAGCAGAUAAAUUCAAUGACAAACGUUGGGAUUCAUCAUGCACUGAGCCAUGCACUUACGUUAACUCGCAAGCAGUCGGUGUCUUGGCUAAACUUACAACUCUACCCAAGUCUUAGCUAAUUUGAUCAGUCAUCUUUUUGAACAUCAAUUAUUUUGAUUUGAUUUUUAAAU